AAAUUAAGACUUUCCCUUCUUUUAUUGGUCAAGAAAAUAAAGUCUUUUCUAAACUAAAUUAAGUUUCAUUUCCUGUUUUUAGGCUCACUCGUUGACUUUUUUCAAUUUCUUUCCUUUGGCAUAUUUAUAAAAUAAGAAGAGAGAAAAUCUUCAAUAAUUUUCAACAAGCAAAGGAGAGACGACUCAUGAUGGGGAAUAAGGGAAAUCUCGGAUUUGUGAUCUUCUUAUGGGCUCUGGUGGUUGCAGUAGUAGCCACGGCUAUCGAGCAUCGUCCCAUUGAGAGGACUAAAGGCAUUAAUGGUCUUGACAAGAUCAUCAUCCGCGACCGUCGUGGCCGAUCUGCUGAGGUUUACUUGUAUGGAGGUCAAGUGAGUUCUUGGAAGAAUGAGAAGGGAGAGGAGUUACUUGUUAUGAGUAGCAAGGCUAUAUUUCAGCCUCCAACACCGAUUCGUGGAGGAAUUCCAGUAUUGUUUCCGCAAUAUAGUAACACCGGUCCACUUCCCUCACAUGGAUUUGCAAGGCAGAGGUUCUGGCAAGUUGAGGCUAAACCACCUCCUUUGCCAUCAAUUUCUUCUGCUCAUGUUGACCUUAUCCUAAGAUCAUCCAAUGAUGAUUUGAAGAUCUGGCCUCAUAAGUUUGAGUACCGACUGAGAGUAGCAUUGGGACAUGAUGGAGAUUUGACGUUGACAUCUCGUGUUAAGAAUUCUGAUACUAAACCAUUUAACUUCACAUUUGCUCUUCACCCCUAUUUCGCUGUUUCCAAUAUCAGUGAAGUCCACGUCGAAGGAUUACACAACUUGGAUUAUCUUGACCAACAAAAGAACAGAACACGUUUCACUGAUCAUGACAAAGUUAUAACUUUCAAUGCUCAACUUGACAGGUUGUACCUAAGCACUCCAAAUAAACUAAGAAUCGUAGACCACAAGAAAAAGAAGACUAUUGUUGUACACAAGGAGGGACAAGUUGAUGCCGUGGUGUGGAAUCCAUGGGACAAGAAAGUGUCAGAUUUGGGAGUUGAAGACUAUAAGCGUUUUGUAACGGUGGAAAGCGCGGCUGUCGAGAAACCGAUCACAGUGAACCCCGGCAAAGAAUGGAAAGGAAUACUCCAAGUAUCUGUGGUUCCUUCAAAUUGGAAAGCUUGAACCUAAAAAGUCUUGCAUUCAUCAUCCUCAU